CAUAUUACGUGUAUAGGAUUUUUUAAAGACAUAUUCUCUAGAAAAGCAAUUUCGGGUCCGGAAUAAUUAUUUUUUGCUGUUCACGUCAUUUCGUGAUUGAGACAAAAGUCAUGCGGGGCGUUGUGUCUAGAUUCAAUUUGACUAUAAAUAAGAAGUUGUAUUACCUGCAUUUGUUCUAUAGCUAUUUCUAUAGUGCUUUCUAAAUUUCUGUAUAGUUGUGAAAAUGCUCGGGCUCGACACAUAUGUAGUAAAAUCAAUCCAUUGUCGGGGGAAACGUUUUCAGUCUUCCAUCCGGUUUUGCUGGAUUGAGUUCUGUGUUGACGAACCCUCGCCCUUUGGGGAUUUUUCUUCGCCCCUGAUUUUUGUGACGUCAUUACAUGGAAUACAUUAUCAACUCGGGCUGGGAAUAACCAAAAGGAAGAACCGUAACCUCAGGCUGAUUUGUUGCGGGAGGUGAUGUGUGCUGCUCGAGUCCGAUUUCCGUCUCGACUUUCUAUAUUAUAUGCUGCUACUGCAUGCCCGGCUGUGUAUAUUAGAGUCUAUCGUAUACACCAGCAUUUUUGGCACCGGCGCGAAUAGGAUGCGACAGAAAACCGACCUUGGUUAAAACAGGAUUCACUGUUGUAUUUUAAACUUUUAUAAUUCGUAGCGACGACAGGGAGUCUAUAUACUCUUGUUACUUCUUCCCAACAAAAACGAAAACUGGUGUGUCGGCAUUCUUACGCAAAUUCUGAAAAAUAACCUUGAAUACAACUCCGCGGCUAUAAUUUAGUCACGGAGAGGAUUCAUCAGUUGCUAAGGUUCGACUAUUCGUAAAGAGAUAUCCGCAUAAACACCCACUGUGGUGUAGAAAGUUGUUGAACUUAUUUUACUCAAUUGUGGCCGCAGAUCAAAUAAAGAAAUAACUAUAUAGUGCGGGCCCAGCUGUUUAUUCAAAAAAUUUAGCCCAAACGUUUUCACAUCUGGGUGCCACACAACUCGUUUGCUUCUUCCAAUAGCUGUUUUUUUUUUUUUAUUAUUACAUAGCUUAUACCUGACUACAUGAGCAUUUUAGAUUGGAUGUGUGAAGUAGCUACGUGGCAGUCGAAUUGGCUAGUUCAUUUCAACCCGCUCGGAGUGCUUGUACUAGUGCUGCCAAGUACAAAUAAGAAAGUAACAAAGGCCUCUAAACCAAUAAUCCGACAGGGUCAUACCGUACGUAGACGCUUAUUGUGUUAUCAAUUCAUAUUGUGGCUGGGAGUGUAUAUAGCUUGGUAUCAAGCGCUUUUACGUGACAAGGGCGGAUACAACACCACAGCACCCAGCAAGGGAAUAAAGCCAAAAUGGAUUCCGUAGACCUAGCCAAAGUGAUUUCCAUGGUCGUCUUGUUUCUCGGGACACUCGUUCUGGGUCUAUUUCCCAUCUGGAUCGUCCGCCGGAUGAAUGUCAAAUCGGGCAAUAAAGAAAUGUCUCGAGGAAUCAAAAAUGUCUUGUCCGGAAUGCUCUGCUUCGGUGCGGGUGUCCUGAUGGCCACAGCGCUGACCCAUUUGUUGCCGGAACUUCACGAAGGCAUCAAAGAAUUGCAGACAAAUGGGACCAUCAAGUCAACACUUCCGUUGGCCGAAAUCAUCUUCAGCGCCGGAUUCUUUCUCGUCUAUCUUUUGGAAGAGUUGGUUCACGUCAUCAUUCACCGGAGAUCUCAUCGCCACGAAAAACCGGAAGUUACAAUCCAUCAAACUGUCGGCAUUUCCGUUGUCCAGCCCAACGAAUUAGAAGACGGCGAGUCGUGCAACGAGAAAACUAUUUGCCAAUCCAACUGCGACAAUGGAGAUUCCGAUUCUUCCGGACCCAGCACCAUCUCCGGAAGUGAUCAAGCCAUCGUAGACAACGUGUCCAUCACCAAAAAUCGCACUGCCAGUGUGGUAGUACAUCAUCACGAUCACCACCAUCACGUGAUGGAAGAUGGAAAUAGAUCGCUGCCUUCCAUUCAAGGCCUUAUCAUCAUUAUGGGUCUCUCAUUGCACGAAAUCCUGGAAGGUGUGGCUAUCGGACUGGAACAGACCGACGGAGAUGUCUGGAGUCUUUUCGCCGCUGUUGCAACGCACAAAUUCGUCAUAACGUUUUGCGUGGGAAUGGAUAUGGCUUCGAACGGUGUCAAAACCAGUCUUCAAAUUUCUUACAUGAUUGUUUUAUCGCUUGUCUCUUCAGUCGGCAUCGGAAUUGGAAUGGGACUUUCUAAUGGGACGACGGAUGCGCUCGUUUUGACUUCUCUCGUUCUCCAAGGACUUGCUGGAGGCACGCUGAUCUACGUAGCCUUUUUUGAGGUGCUGGAGCGUGAGCGCACCAAACCGUCUAAUAAACUCAUGCAGUGGGCCACUGUUCUCUUGGGAUAUCUCUUCAUGAUCGGACUGGAAGCUCUGAUCCCCCAACAUGAACAUGGAGGAGAUCAUGACCACGGUACUGAAGACCCCGCACUCAGUGUUACAUCCAUGGCAUCGACGAUAGGAUCGCAAUUUGUUGCUGAUUUCCAUGCUCAUAAUCACGAUGGACAUGGCAAUGAAGAGUCAGUCUUGAGUUCAUCUCUCGCUUUAAUUGCUUCAAAAGUUCUGCACUAGGGUUGAACCCUGUAUUCUGAAAGAACUCGUGUACAUACUUUUUUUUUCUUUAAAUUUGACUAGCUCAAAUACUUUCAUUGAAUGGGUGUUUAUUAUGUCAUUGAAAUUAAUUCACUGGUGGAAUAAUGUUUUAGGAGCUCUACUCAAGAUUCGAUGAUUUUAUCGGAUUUUAUUUACGUUUGUGUGGUGAAUUUGAUUAUGGAAAAUGUUGUUUCAAGAAUAAAUUAAGCAGCAGUUA